UUCUCCAGCUUCUCCAUAGGCCUAUUUCUUCUUCUUUAAAAAUAAUAAAUUUUUCUUAGCCAAGAAAAUGGGAAGAAAUUCACAUAAUUUUAAACGUGGGGGCCACAAUCAUAGAGGAAACAAUCGUGGAAAUAAUAGAGGAGGCUAUAGAGGCCAUAAUCAAAGAGAUUCCAGAGGAGGAAAUCAUUUUUCAAAACCAAGGAAUUCCUAUGGUUCAAACAAUGGUGCUUCGGGAAGAUCAGAUUAUGUUCAAAAAGUAUCCCUUAAAGAAAACCAGGUUGGUAUAACAGAAUUCAUUACCGCUGGCAAAGGAUUCACUGGAGUUCUCAAAGCUAGAUUCUCUGACUUUCAUGUGAACGAAAUCGAUUUAGAUGGAACUAUUGCCAAUUUGAAUGAUUAUACAAUUCCAAAAGCAGAAGAUCCUGAUUAUGGCAUUUCCACCGAAGAACUUGAAAAAUGCAAAAACGAAAUCUCUGAUGUUGUCACUGAUGAUCUAUGGAAGCAAAUUGAUGAAAUUGCUAAAGGCACACGAACUGAACCAUUGGAAAUUGAAGUCACCGAAUUGGAUAAGGACAAGAGGACAACAAUUCAUAAAGUGGUGAAGAAAUUAUAUGAAACAGAAUGCAAUAGUUGUACAGUGGCAAAAGAUGGAGACUUAAAGUUCAUCAAAAUAAGCCAGUCAAAUCGAAAAGGAGGAAGUAGGAACAAAUGGCUGUUUCCUGGAGAAUUUGUUCAUUUUCUAAUGUACAAGGAAAACAUGGACACAUCCGAAGUAGCUGUGAUCUUAGCCAAUUCACUUAGUUUAAAACCAUCGCAAGUGAAUUACUGUGGCACGAAGGACAAACGUGGCAAGACGACUCAAAAAUUCUGCAUUAAAAAGAGACAACCUAGUCAAAUUGUUUCGGCUGUUAAACGUUUGUCGUCGGUUAAGGUCGGAAACUUCACGUUUCACGAUAAAGUCGUGAAGCUGGGAGAGCUCAAAGGAAACAGGUUUCGUAUAGCACUUCGUCAUAUUGAUGGAGAUCGAGAGGAGAUCGACAAAAUAUUGCAAAGUGUCAGGGAAUUUGGUUUCAUAAACUACUACGGCCUUCAGCGGUUUGGAAACAAUGCUGAAAUUCCAACUUAUCAAAUUGGCAUUGCUUUAUUAAAAAGUGACUACAAAACGGCGUGUGAAUUAAUUCUGAAACCUCGUGAUAACGAUAUUCCGUUCAUGCGGAAGAUCCGUGAAACUUGGUGGAAGGAUAGAGACUCCAAAGCUGCAGCUGACAUGUUCUACAAUGAUAGAUUCAUUGAGAAGAAACUCUUGAAUGGGUUGUCUGAAUAUGGGGAGAGCGAUUACGCCAAUGCCCUGCGAAAGAUUCCAAGAAACAUGCUCCUAUUGUACACACACGCCUAUCAAAGUUUAAUCUUCAACCGCAUUGCCUCGAAGAGAAUUAAGGAACACGGACUGAAGUUAAUGGUUGGUGAUUUGGUUUAUCGCAAUCAGGAUGAAUUGGAUGAAAUAGCCGCUGAAAUCGAAACUGAACUACCUGUUGCCGAAGAAGACGCAGACAAAGAUGACGAUGAGGUUGAAAAUCCAAAAGAAGCAGACUCAGCAUUCAAACAAAAAGUAAAAUCACUAACCGAGGAAGAUAUCUCAAGUGGGAAGUAUACAAUAUUCGACGUUGUCCUUCCACUUCCUGGCUAUGAUAUAACCUAUCCUGCUAAUGAAUUAGAACAAUGGUAUGAAGACAUUCUCGCCGAAGAGGAUUUAAAUUCUGAUAAACUGAAGCACGGUGUGAAAACCUAUUCACUAUCAGGUGCUUACAGAAAGUUGCUGAUCAAGCCACAGAAUAUGUCUUGGUACUUUAAGACUUAUAAUUCACCACAAGAAGAUGUCAUUCCAUCACAUUUCGAGAAGAAAAUAAAAGAAAAGAUAGAAGAAUCAGCAAAUGGGCAAAUAAGUGAAAACAAAGAAGAGUCAGAGAAUGAGGGAAAGUUUACAGCAUUGGUGUUAGAUUUUUGCUUGCCAGCUUCUGUCUAUGCAACGAUGUUUCUAAGAGAGAUGUUGAAGUCUGAUACUUCAUCGGCUAGUCAAGCUGAAUUGGGUAAAUCGGAAAUGAAGAAAUUCGAGGAGAAAAAUUCUCCAAAAGUUGAUCAACAAGAAGAAAUGAAUACAGAAACGAAAGAAACUGAAGACGAAAAUUCAAUCAAAGAUGAAGGAGAAGAAAUUAAAGUCAAAUCUGUGGAAGUGGAAGAGAAAAAACAAAUUGAAGAUGAAACAUCUUUGUCAAAUGAAAAGACCGCUGCAAAACGUGCAAUUGAUCAAGAUAAUGACGAUGUCCAAGACUUGGAUGCAAAAAGAACAAAACAGGAAAAUGAAUGAAAUUAAAUAAUAUUCAAUAUUUUUAUAUGAAGCUGUGUUUUUAUAUAUGAAUGAUAAAAAAAAAGUUUUAUAACUAGACUUGAUAUUUGUUUAUACAUUUUAUAUUUUAAUAAAAGUUAACAACAAAAAUAUUGAAUUA